CCUGUCACGGUAUCAUCCAACAACCAAACUCUUCCGCAAAGAAACUCCAUUCAUUCAAUAAAUAACAACAACAAAUCACAAAAACCAGAGAAAGCUGAAGACUUUGUUCAUUUCCCAAAAUCCCAGAAAGAGAGAAAAAUAAAAGAUGUUUGGAUACACAAAAGUAAGCAACACGAAGGUCGGUGAGGAUGUGGAAAUAGACUUGGAGACAGGAGGUACAAGCACUCUGUACCCAGGUCUGAGCCCCGGUGAGAACCAGCUUCGAUGGGGGUUCAUUCGCAAGGUGUACGGAAUCGUAGCCACACAGCUUGUCCUCACCACCAUCGUCUCCUGCAUCACCAUUCUCUACACUCCUAUCAACGAGGUCCUCAAAGCCAAUCCUGGCUUCUUGCUCUUCCUCAUGUUCCUCCCUCUUGUCUUGUUGUGGCCCAUGUAUGUGUAUCAACAAAAGCAUCCAUUGAACUUCAUCUUCCUUGGACUUUUCACCUUGUCACUGAGCCUCACAGUUGGUGUAAGCUGUGCCAACACAGAUGGAAAAAUUGUGCUUGAAGCAUUAAUUUUAACCUCAGCUGUGGUCUGCUCCUUAACCGGGUACACUUUCUGGGCAUCUAAGAAGGGCAAGGACUUCAGCUACCUUGGACCAAUCUUGUUCACCAGCCUCUUUGUCCUUUUUCUAACUGGUUUUAUCCAGGUAUUCUUCCCACUUGGCUCAACAUCUGUUGCCAUUUAUGGUGGAAUGGGUGCUAUAAUUUUUGCAGGCUACAUAGUUUAUGACACUGACAACCUCAUCAAGCGCUUCACCUAUGAUGAGUACAUUUGGGCUUCCAUUACUCUUUAUCUGGACAUUCUGAACCUGUUCCUUUCCAUUUUGAGGAUGAUGAGACAGGCCAACAAUUAGUUGUGCCGUGUAACUUUGCAAGCCUUGUUUAAAUCAAUCAAAUGGUACUCUAUAUAUCUUUGUCUGAGACCAAAGGCAUAAUUGUGGAUAACAUGUUUCCAUGAACUACCGUAGUACAACUGAGUGGGCUGUUAUGACAUACAUAUUCUAGUCUUACAUUUGCGUUAAUCGUAAAUAUAUUUUAUGUGGAUUGUUUUCCA